AGGGCGGCGGCCGCUCUCCCUCUAUUCCCGCCGAGGGACUACCGGACAGCGGUUAGUGGCUCAGGGGUUUCUUGGCGGAGGGGCUGCCCGUCCUUCUCUGCGGCCAUUAGGAGACUGGCUGAAGGAGAGCGGGGAGGGGACUAGGGUGCUCUCUCCCUGCGAAGGAGCCGCUGUGGGCUGCUUCCCCGGUCCCUGGAUUGAGGUUAGAGCUUUGAAAGGAGAUACGACGCUAUGGAAAGUAGAAAGUCGGAAGAUAUCGAAGGAAUUGAAAAAGAAAUAGAAAGUGAAUUAAGUAGAAUCAGUGUUUCUUCCUUUGAAGCAGAUGAACCUGACACAGAGGUAUCAGAGGAAUCUGCGAGUGACACUGAGUCAAUUUCAGAUGAGCUGCCAGAAUCAGUUCUGUCCUAUUUAAAUUUCAUAAAGAACAGAAAUCAAGAUGCUGAAAAGGUUAUACUGCAAGACUUAGAAGAUGAAGAAACUACAAGUAACAUUCAUGAAGUAGUUCCUUGCUAUGCUUCAGAUCACGUGGCAGAAUUGGCUUCUGAGUAUAAUGAAGAUCCAGAGCAAUUUAAAAAAAGGGUACUAUUUGAAGUUGAAAACGAAGACUUGCAAGUUGCUACAAUAUCUAAUUAUAAUAAUCAGGCCACCAGUGAAGUAGUCACUGAUGACCUCUUUCUUACAGCUGAUGUUGAAAUGAACGUAAGCCUUACUUAUCGUGAAGUAGAAGAAAAAUGUAGACAAGAAUUUGAGCAGUGGGAAAAAAGACAAAGUGAGAUUGAAGAUGAGAAGAGGAAAAAGUGGAAAACUGAGAGAGAAGCAUGGGAAAAACAGACUGAAGAAGAACAUGCCAGAAGGAUGCAGCAUCUGGAGAAAUUUGAGGCUGAAAGAAUGGAGUUCGAUCUUCUGCACAAGAAACAACAAACUGUGAUGGAAGAUGAGUUACAGAAGGAAAAGAAAGCUUGGAGAGACAAAAUGACGCAACACGAGGAAGUUAUCAUGAAGCUACAGCUGCAAAUGGAACAGGAGAAAAGGGCAUUUGAAGAGCAGAAAGCAAAAGAAAGUAAACACCGGGCAGAACAACGGAAUACAGCAGCUGUGAAAAUCCAAGCGAGAUUUAGAGCAUAUUUAGUCCAUAAGGAGUAUGCUCCCAUCUUAAAACAAUGGAAAGAUGAAAUAAAAAAGAAAAAGAAAAUACAAGAAGAAAUUGAGAGAGAAAUGAAAGUAAGGGAAGAAAAAAUGAGGAGGCGAAUGGAAGAAAGGAAGCAAAAUAAAGAAGAAGAGAAAAAGAGACAAGAAGAGCUAGAGAGACAGAAGUAUUUGGAACAGGUAGGGAGACGUAAGGAAUAUGAGAAAAAGAAAGCAAGCCUAAGACUUGUAAGAGAAAAACAGCUGCAAAUAAGAGAAGAACAGAGAAAAUUAAGAGAAAAAAUAGCAAAAGCUGUGAUAACUGAAGAUGGAGAAAAUAACAAAGAAAACAUAAAAGGGAAUAAAUUGACAGAAAAUACUGACGUAAUAAGAGACAAGAAAAAGGAACUAAAUAAGCAAGGAGAGGAACAAAAAGAAGAACAGACUAAAAUGAUGGGUGAAACAAAUAGUGGGAUGAUUUCAACAGAAGGAAAGUUGGCACCAACACUGAAUGUGCUAAUCUCUGAGAAGGAGGAAUCUUCUCAAGUGAAUAAUGAAAACAUACAUAUUAAUUUGGUAAAAUAUAUAGAAGAAAAUUACUCACAAACUGAAGAACUUAAUAAAGCUUCAGGUAUCCAUGCUUUGAAGGUUGAAUCUGUUGAUUUUGGAGCAAAUCAAAUGGUAGAAAAUAAGUCAAAUGAUACAUGCAGCAGUCAAUCAAAUGUCCAGUCAAAUACUACUUUUACAGGUGACCAAGAUCAAUUUUCUCAGUCUGAAACAAUAAAGAAAACUGUAUUGCUAGUGGAAGAUGCUAAUGAGGAAGUCAUAAAGAACUGGGACACAGUUCAAGAGGUAUCUGAGUGUUCCAAUAGAUUAAUUCUUCCCAAUGAUAUUGAAAAAAAGAGAGCAAAUUGGAUGAGCACGUGUAAGUCUUGGUCUCAAAUAUAUGAAGAAAACCAAAGAAAAGUACCAAAUAUUAAAAAACAAUCAAGGAAAACUUCAGUUAGCAAGAUGCCUCCAUUAAGUAUACAGAAGAUAAUUCACAGUGGUCCUUGGAGUACUCUGCAGCAGAUCACAACACUUACACUUGAAGAUUUGCCAGCUUGUAGCCUCUCGACCCUGUCAGAGUGUUCAAAUCUACAAGUUUUGACCCUGAGACGCUGUGGAUUAGUUGCACUGGAAGGGCUAAGUAGCUGCAAAGACCUAAAGUAUAUCAAUGUGGAGGAAAACAACAUUCAGAUAAUUAACUGUGAAAAUCUAGAAAAUCUCUGUAUUCUGAUUCUGAAUAAGAACAACCUUUCAUCAGUUUGUGGCUUGGAUGGGUGCAUAAAUCUCCAGAAUCUUGAACUUUCCUACAACAGAAUCACUCGAAUUGGUGGUUUGGAGUCACUGAAAAACCUUCAGCAGUUAAUUGUGGAUCAUAAUCAGCUAAUCAGCACAAAAGGUCUUUGUGAAGUACCUACUCUCAUACAUCUAGACUGUUCUUUUAAUCAUCUCACACAAGUUGAAGGCAUUGAGAGUUGUGGACUACUUCAAAUUCUGAAGUUACAAGGGAACAACCUCCAGGAGCUUCCAAGGCUGGAAAAUCAUGUUCUACUAAGAGAACUAUAUUUGGAUGACAAUAGCAUUUCUGCUGUGAGAAUGCUUUCUUUGUAUUGGUUGCCCCUGUUGCAGAUUCUUUUGCUGUCUCAAAAUAGCUUAACUGAACUUGUGCCUUUAAAUUCAUUUGUAUCUUUGGAAAAGCUGGAUAUCAAAAAUAACUGCUUAUCAGACCUUAAAAGUGUCAUUACAUGCUUAAGUGGAUGCAGUAAUCUCAGGGAGUUUUCACUCAGUGGAAAUCCUCUUCUCCAAGAAAGGAAUUGGAGGCCUUCCCUGUGUAAGGUCCUUCCUAGGUUACAGCUUCUUGAUGGUGAAAAUUUGCAUUGUCAUACUUUACCCACAACUGAAAGAAUCAAAAUAUCAAAAUCAAGAACUUUUCUGGAACUUUGUCAAGUUCAAAUUGAGGAAAAUGUUUUACUGAAAAAAAAGGUUGUUGAAGUGGGAAUUGCCUCUUCCAUUGAUGCUGUACAGAGACAAUGCUGGUAUUUUAAUCAGUUGAUGAAACUUAGCAUUGAACAUCGAUGUGCGCAUGAGUAUGGUGAACUAAGUACUACUGACAGAGAUAGACCAGAAACACUGCAAAAUCAUUUAAAGCAAACAUCCACUAGCUGCCUACAGGAAAGUAACCUCUUUAUCAUGGGUGUGACAGAAAAUAAACAGGUCUUGUUGGAUCCUUCUGAAAGAUGGAUUACUACUGGCCAGUUUCAGGCUACAUUCAUUAACUCCUCCAUAUCUGUGCACCAAAAGGAAAAUAAAGAAGAUCACAGAAUGGAGCAGAAGAGCACCGAAUCUUGUAUUAAUUACAAUGGGGAGAGCAAUGGCAACAAGAAUAUAUCUGCUCACCUCACAUUGCAGCAGUCAGUUAUAGAAAGUAAUAUGGGAAGAGGUCGUCAGUAUUUUGAGAAUAAUACAGAAAGGUUACACAUGGCAGCAUAUGUGAUCCAGUCUCAUUGGAGGAAGUACCUUAUCAGGAGGAAAACUGACUGCACCAAAACAAGGAAUGAUCAUUUUAGAGAGGCUUUAAGACAGAAACAUGAAGCUGCCACAGUAAUCCAGGCAUCUUGGAAGGGCUUUCGUUUGCGAAGGAAACUGUCCAGUGCGCUUGCAGCUGUUAAAAGUGAUGAAGUGGAUGAUAACUAUGAAGAAAUAAAUGUGAAUGAUUUCGUAUCACAUGAAGCUGCAUUAGAGAAUGAAUGGCUAACUCUAGAUUCCACCCAUUUCCCUUCAAAAACACCCCUGAUCUCAAACCAGCUGCACUGGACAAAGUAUGCUAGGCCUUCAAAUUCCAGUGAACAUUCAAAUAAUUUGCAGUUGUCACCCCAAGCACCUUGGCAGUGUGUUGACAGACCACAUUCAUGCUCAAGAGAAAAUACCCACUAUCAUAGAAGUUCAGAGAAGGGAACAAUGUCACAGAACUCUGACUUAAAAGAAAAAAAGAAAUUUUCAUUCAGGUCUGAAAAAGAAGAGAAAAUUUCAGAAGAAUGGGGUUUUAAAGAUAUUUCUACUGCACAGCUAAUGCUGAAGAGGGCCCAGAAAAUGAAGCCCAGAAAAUACAGUAAUAAAAAUGUAGACCCAGCUGUGCGCCUGGCGUUGUUCAAAAACAAUGAAAAUAAACAUCUCCACGUGAAGCCACCAAAGAUACGGUCUGUAAAUGCUGGUUACUUUGAAGUUGCACAAUGAGACAGUACUGACAAGCACCCUGAGCAUUUUGAGAUGUAAUUAUUCAGGACUAGUCAGGUGAAAACUGAAGAAUCUGAUUGGAAUUUGGGAGAAGGUAAGUAAAAUUAAGACUUCUUAAGUAUCAUUGAAAGUGCUGGGUUUUGUGACUAUUUUGCUACCUCAUUGCAUUCUUUUCUCCUGUUUACCUCCUCUUCUAACCAGAAUCGUGAAGGAGACUCUGUUCGGAGACCCAGCUGCCUUAAGGACGGUGAUGCUAUUCAGACAUUGCUUCAGUUUUAGCUUACCUUGAUACAUUCGCUGAAGUAGACUGUGAAGAAGUUCAAAGAUUUGAAAGAAAGCUUCAAGAACUGUGUUACAAGUGACAGAGAAUGUGUUUACUUAUGUACAUUUUUUGUAUUCUCAUUGCUAAUCCAUAUACCUUUCUCUAGCCUCUAUAUCAGUACCUCUAAUGUACUGCUUCUAAUGUACCGUAUUUAGCUUUUUAUAUAAGAGAAGCAGAAGAAUCUUGCUGCAGCAAAAGACUAUUUGCUCACUUUUAUGGUUACAUUAAGGGAAUUUCUGUAAAUACGUUUUUGUAUUUCUUCAUUUCAAUUGUUUUAAAGAAUUCUAUUUACCUUUCUACUCAGAUUCUUUUGUUUUCCAAUUGAUAUAUCAUGUAUGAAAAAUGGAAACUAUAUUGGAAUCUUUCAUACAAAACAUAUUCUCCAAUAUAAAGCAUUGACUUUUUACAUGCAAACUUUCUAAUGAAAUGCUCUUCAUUCUUCAUAACAGUGAGCAUUACAAAUCCACCUACUUCGGUCAGCUAAAUCUUUUUAAUUGUUGUUUUGUUUUGCUUUGUAUUUAUGUAGCAUUUGUAAGAAUUCUCAUUUAAGUUAAUAUAAUUGUAAUCAUUUUGUUCAGUUUACAAAAUUGUGAAACUUAUGAUUAUCUGUUUGCUUAUUCUGUAGUAAAUUUUAGAAAGUAAAAUACUGAAGUUCUUUAAUAUCGAGUAUAAGCUUACUCACCUAGUUGGACUUCGUGGGCUUUCACUCUUUUUUGGACCCUGUGCUAAUUUCAGGUGCAUAGAUAAGUGGCUUCAAGUAAGCAAAACUGAACAGGCAAAACAAAUUAUACUUUCAGGUUUAUUAGUUACGGCUGUCUUAACAGUUAUAUCAAGUAUAAACAUGAGGGAAAUUUAGCCAUUCAGAAUCAUCAUGCUAUUUAACUUAUCUAUAUAUCAGUGAGGUGGAGAGUUUGGUCAGAAAUUUAGCUUAGAAAUUUAGAACGACAGAAACUAAUUUAAACACCUACUCUAAGAAUGAAAUAUUACCAGUCAUGCUUAGGGACAAUGAAAUUAUGUUCAGUAGUAGAACUGGAGUGGUUGUUUGUUUUCUCAUUAAAAUAAUUUAAAUAAAGGUCAAAACAAAAGUCUCUAAUGGAACAGAAAAUUAAUUUAUUCCUUUUUCUUCAUUCAGUGAGGUGAAUCAUCCAAACCUUCUUUGCAUAAAUAGAAAGAUAUGCCACGGUAACAAUAACUGAUUCAAAGUCAGUAUAAUCAAGUUAAAUUCCUGUAGGGCUGAAUACUCUUGAAUGUGUGUUGUUUAACUAAAAUUAUAUGUACUAUGUUUAAGUUGUUGCACUUUUCAUGUGUUUACAAGUGAAAAUUUCAAUCCAGUUCAUAAAGAACUCUGUUAAACCGGUAAGCUCUUUGAGCCACAUGAAUUAAGAAUUAACCUGGGGCUACUUGCCAGCAAAUCAUGGUUGGUUUUUUUUGUUUGUUUGUUUUACUUUUUUUUCCCUCUACCUGUCCUUUUUUACAAAUGGAAUUCCCUUUUCCGAAUAGAUCCAUGAAACACUGGAAUUUCAGAUUGUUUAUUUUCUUCCAUGAUGUAUCAACCAAUUAAAUAUAACUUAUUAAGAA